AGGCAGACGCUGUGGAAAUCUGGGCCGGUCUGUGCCGCACUCUGGAUCUUUGAGUCACCGGCAUGCAGAACCACCUGUAGAUAUACGCAGGAUGUUUAACUGGGUGGUGAAAGUGGUUCCUCAACCUGCUGAAACUCCAGGGGCUGCUGAACCAGUCAAGACUGAGCCUGUAAAGAACAACGAGGUGAAGACACAGAAAAAGACAGAAGUAGUUUUGGAGAAUGGUCAGAACAACAGCGGAGUGAUCAGCUGGCUGUCCAACGGGUUCGUCAGCACCCUGCCCCAGCCUCCUGGAUCUUCUCUACUCAGCAGGACCAAUUCAGACUCCAGGCCAGGGGAGGAUGGAGAAAGGUCCGGAGUAAUCAACUGGGUCACUCAGGGUCUGACCAAAGUGCUGCCCCAGCCUGACGAGAAGUACCGAGAUAAUAACGACACCAAAAACACAGCAGAAGAGCACACAGAGGUAUACGAAGUAGCAGCGAUGCCAGAAUAUGACCCUCUUCCACACAUCCCCGUGGUGGAGGUGGUUUCAGAAGACGAGGGGUUAGAAGAGGAGAGCUUGACCUCUCAGUUUACACCCAGGAUGAAGAACUGGAUCAAGCAGAUAAUCCCUCAGCCAGUGUUGCCCCCUGGUGCCGUACCCACAGAACCGGCACCCAAAUCCUCCCGUUCUUCCAUCGACAAAAUUCUGUCUCCACCACCUGAGUCUCUCAGUGGAAUCUCUCUGGAUACUGACGGCAAAGCCUCUGGAGUGGUGGACUGGUUUGUGUCAGGACUGGGUUUGAAGAUGCCUCAACUUGUUGUUCCACCUAAAGAUGAUGCUGAGACUGCAACCGAAGUCCUGCAGAAAGCUUCAUCCAAACUCAAUCCAGACAUGGUGCUGGAGGACGUGGAGUCGGAUAAUGAGGGCCAGCAGAAAUAUGAAGACCACAUCAAAGUUUCAGCUCCGUCUAAGUCUCUGAGUACACAUCCAGUCGCAAUGCAGCAACAAGAAGAAACACAGAAAAAUAUUGAGGCGCAAACAUCAGAGAGUGUGACAAAGAUAUCUCAGGAAGAUGCUGAGACCCAGACGGGUCGCUGGACGCCUUUUAUCGAAAGCAUCAAGAAGGAGGCUGAAGAUGUGGCUUUGGCCAAUAUGGAGGAAAGGCUUCUUCAGGAGCGGAUGGAAAUGGCUCGACUGGCUGAAGACGUGGCCCGGCAGACAGCAGAGAUGGCUGUUAGACAGAUGGCCAAUGAGGGGACGUCCAUCAAACUCUCACUAGAGAGUCAGGAACUUCUGGAGGAGCCUGAAGAAGAGUUACUGGUGACAGAAGAAGAAGAAAACAAAAUGGAGGAGAGGAAUGUCAAAGAAAAGGAAGAAAGUCUAUCUCAGGACGAGGAAAAAGUCGAGACUGAGGAGCCAACUAUCAAGGAACCAGAGCCAGAGCAGGAAGAAGUGCCAAAAGAGACCUCCCCUCCUCCACCUCAAUGUCUUGAACCAGAAAAAGCUUCAGAACCUGAACCCAAGACCCAGGAAGACAGUCCAGAAGCUCAACCAGUGACCCAACAGCCCCAGAAAGCAGACGGCAGCAACACUGAGAAGACUGGUGAAAAAGAAGAAGAGGCUACUGAUGACGGCUGCGGUGAGAGCUCCAGCAUCAGCCUUCGCCCAGCUGUAAACAUAGAAGAUGUCGAUCAUGAAAAAGGGAGAGCGGGAGGCGAGGAAAAGAGUGACAUUUCUCUAAGUCUCACCCCUCAGGACCUCAAACUUACAACCCUCACUGUCCCCGUGACCCCAUCAGGCAGCCGUCAGAGUAAAGGAGAUAAAGACGUCGGGAGAAAUCGUAGGACGGUCUGGACAAAGAUCAGGCAGCUACAAUCUCAAAGUGAAGAUGAUGAUGAAGAGCUGAGCAUCCCUGUCAGAGCCUGGCCCAGUCAGUCCAGCCUGCAUGGCUCAGAUGACAUCGUCAAAGAGCGUCCGGGCUCCUCGGCCAGUCAGACCAGCGCGGUGGUCAACGAGCGUCUUCAGGAGCUGGUCAGGAUGUUCAAAGAGAGGACGGAGAAGGCCAAGGAGAAACUCAUCGACCCGGACAGCUCAGAUGAAGAGAGCGUCAUCACCUCUCCUCUUCAGCCUCCAGCUCCUCAGUCUGCUCCUCAAGCUGCUCCACUGGAUAAGGAGGAGCAGGAUAUGCAAGCAUCAGACCGAGGAGGAGGAGUAGACAGUGAGACAGAGAAGGAGGUGUCUGGAUGCUGCCCUAAGGUGAAAAGUCCUCGUUGGAUACGAGCCUGUAGGCACCUCUGCUUCCCUGCCAGUAUCGACCCCUUCACCAACUUGAUGUACGUCCUGUGGAUGUUCUUGGUGUGUCUUGCCUGGAACUGGAAUGUAUGGUUCAUCCCAGUUCGCUGGGCCUUCCCCUACCAAACCCCAGAAAAUAUCCACUACUGGCUGUUGACCGACUACCUCUGUGAUCUUAUCUACAUCUUGGAUAUCUCCGUCUUUCAGCCACGCCUGCAGUUUGUCAGCGGAGGUGACAUAGUUAGUGACAAAAUUGAAAUGAGAAAGAACUACAUGAAAACCAAACGCUUCAAGUUUGACGUGGCCAGCCUUGUUCCCUUGGAGCUCUUUUAUUUCAAAACUGGCGUCAACCCUCUGCUUCGUUUACCGAGGCUGCUGAAGAUCAACUCCUUCUUUGAGUUUAACGAGCGUCUGGAAGCCAUCUUGACCAAAGCUUACAUUUACAGGGUGAUCCGUACCACCACGUAUCUUCUCUUCUGUCUUCACUGCAAUGCUUGUCUCUACCACUGGGCCUCCACCUACAUUGGACUGGGAGCCACCCAGUGGGUCUACAAUGGGGAUGGGAACGGGUACAUUCGAUGUUUCUAUUUUGCGGUUAAAACUCUGAUUACAAUCGGAGGUCUGCCGGACCCCACCUCCCUGUUGGAGAUCAUCUUCCAGCUCAUCAACUAUUUUGUUGGCGUAUUUGCUUUCUCCAUCAUGAUUGGACAGAUGCGGGAUGUGGUCGGCGCAGCCACAGCAGCUCAAACCUACUACCGCACCUGCAUGGACAACACAAUUAAAUACAUGACAUCCUAUCGCAUCCCUAAAGAUGUCCAGAACCGAGUCAAAACCUGGUACAACUACACCUGGCAGUCACAAGGCAUGCUGGAUGAGCAGGAGCUGCUGACUCAGCUGCCGGAUAAAAUGCGUCUGGACAUCGCUGUGGACGUCAACUACUCCAUUGUGAGCAAAGUCCCUCUUUUUCAGGGUUGUGACAGACAGAUGAUUUUUGACAUGCUCAAAAGCCUACGUUCUGUUGUCUACCUGCCUGGUGAUUAUGUCUGCAAAAAGGGCGAGGUAGGUCGGGAGAUGUACAUCAUCAAAGCAGGGGAGGUGCAGGUGGUUGGAGGACCUGACGAGAGGACGGUGUUCGCCACCCUCAGAGCAGGAUCAGUUUUUGGAGAGAUAAGUUUACUUGCAGUUGGCGGAGUCAACAGGCGUACAGCCAAUGUGGUCGCUCAUGGCUUUGCCAAUCUGUUCAUCCUGGACAAAAAAGACCUGAAUGAGAUCCUUGUCCAUUACCCUGAGUCUAAGAAACUGCUGCGCAAGAAAGCCAGGAAGAUGCUUAACAAAGGGAAGAAGCCUGAAGUUAAAGAAGAGGCUAAGGAAUCCCCUCAGACGUCAGCAGCACCUCUCAGACCAGAGACUCCCAAACUGCUCAGAGCAGCACUCGAGGCGUCCGAGAAAUCAUCUAGACUUAAAGGAGUGCUGGCUAAAGUCAGAGAGAAGACCAACAAGUCCAGUAUCACAUUACAGCCGUUCACACCCCCCUCUGUACGUCCUGCAUCUCCUGCCCUCAGCUGUGACCCUGACAGAGACGUGGACACGCUGUCCUCCGUCUCUGCUGGCUCCAUGAACUUACGCUCGGCCUCUCAAUGCUGCGACCCCGAAGGACCUCUGUCCAUGCAGCUGCGCGGCGACUCGAUCGAAGACGAGGACGUCAGUGAGGAUGAGAGGGAUGAGGGAGGGAAGAGCAAAGAGAAGGUGUGAUGACGAGGUCAACGAUUAUUGAGGACUUUUAUUCCAUAAAAUAAGCAGAGAUUAAGAAAGUGUUUGUACUUUAGGACAACUGUCGUAAAAAGGUGAGGAAGCUAUUAGCAUAGUUGACUCAAAUCAGCCCGUCUUUACAGAAAUAAAUUUCUACCUGCAUCAUCCAGUUUAAGCAGAUGUUUUUGUUGUUGUUGUUUCUAAAUGUUUACAGAUUAUUUUGUAAUCUUGA